AUGACUAUUGACGAUUUCGACCCUUCUUCCUCAUCCAACCGCGGCCCUUUCCACCUCGACUCUUCUGCGACGAUAUCCCUCACGCCUCACUCCGUCACGCCCUCACCCACCGACAUACCUCGAGGAAACAAACCUAUCUUGCUUGCUUGGCACAGACAAUAUGCAGCUGCCAGAUACAGCAAGGGUCCUCGAUGGCGGGAUCGGCUGGCGCCCGCCCUGCAGCACGCGGUGCCUGUAGUGAUUGGACAGAGCAUGACGGCAGCGGAGUUUGGUAGCGACGCCUGCCUUGUGUGGCUGGAAACACCUCCGGUCGACCAGCCACCUCAGUUCUCAUUCGAUCAGCCUCGAACAAAAGGACAGGCAUAA